GAUGAUGAUUCGUCACGUCGAUGACGUUCAAUCCCUUCCUGUUUGACCCAGAAACACAUGUACCGUAUCUCUUUUUGUUGUUUUGAUGCCGCUACACGUUUGUUAACGACGUUAGCGAGUUUAGUAAAUACCGAUCAUUAUUUAUCUACAGCGGACCUUUAAUCACACAGGACCAACACAUCUGGAGCACAAUCAAGCGGAUCUUCCUACUUCUUGCCCAUGAAGACCCCCACUCCUUUGCUGCUUAUUUCUUGCUACGCUUCACAAUGGCAGACGUGCGCAAUUCUCUAUCUUGGACUCAAUCUGAUGCCCUUGCUGAGGUUGUAUCAGCAGAGUCAUGCCACAUUGCCCUAGAACCAUCCCCUCCAGACUAUGUGGAGAAGAUAUCGCGGUAUCUUGAGUCCUCUGUGGGGCAGGGCGAACAGGAUAAAGUAUGUCAUGAACCUGCUGAAGCCGAAAGUGACUCAGGAGACAGCCUGUUCAUAACUCAGAAGCCAGUACCUGAGGCUGUGAGAUCAGCACGGCGAGGUCGCUACAGCCUACGGAAACACCCCAUAUUCCUCUCAGAAGAAAGUGAUGGGGACAGUUUAUCUUCAAAUGGAGAAUCCAGAACUGCCAAGCGGAGGAAAAGACAGAAAUGCAUAUUGCCAAAAUACAGUUUCCCUUUCCUCUCAGAGAAGAAGUGGAAGCCCACAAGCACUCUGUUACCAACCCGGCAGAACACGAGCCUUCAUAAUUUUAUGAUGGGAGGCUUCUUUAAAUGUGUCAGAGAGCAGUGGCAGGGCUUGGAAAGAGGAGAUGAUGUGGAGUCAUCUUUACCAACAGUUGACGUGGAUGGGGAUUGCAUAUCUCCGUUGGCAGAAGAGGAAGAAGAAGGGUCAGAAGUUGAAGACAUCAAAGUUGUGGAAAAGAAACAUUUUGUGGCGUCAUUAAAAGCAAAAAGCCGUCACGCCUGGUGCAACCAGUUGAAACAGAGGAAUAAGAAAUCUGGUGAUGCCAAACAGAAGAUUGUUUUUCAGCAAAAAGCCAGGGAGGAAGAGCUGUGUGACGACAGUGACGCUACAGUGUGUGAGCUGCCGAUCCCAAGGCAGUACGUACAGAACGACAGAGAAGCAUCCACAACCGUAACAGAGCCUCAAACGGAUGUUUUCCACACAGACGAUCUGUCCCAAACAGCACAGGCAGAGGAUGAACCUGAAAGCCAAAGUCUCCUCCGUGGUCUCCCAGACCUUAUACAUGACACUAAUAAUGACAGUGUAUGCAGUGAAACCGUGGUUAAGAAGAGGAAAAAGAAGAAAAAAGACAGAGAUCAUGAAAGUGUAGAAGAAGAAAAGAGUCAGGAAGAGCCACAGGGUGUGCAUGCUGCAGCAGAAGUGACUCCCAGUCUGUCUCAGGAUGACAGGGCAGAGCCUCUGGCGUCGCAGACAAGUGAUGAGCUGGAACUUAAUGAAAGAAAUUGUAUUGUAUCACAUGAUGAUACCAUACUGAGACAGGAGGAGAGAGACAGUCCCGAUUCAAAACAAAAGAAAAAGAAGAGGAAAAAGACUGCAGCAGAAAAUGUCGGACAGGAAGUGGAUGGAAACUUAGAAUUGGAUGUGAGAGUGGAGGAUUCUGUGUUUUCAGCAAGCUGUAACGUGGACAGUAGUGGCAAGAAGAAAAAAAGUAAAAGAAGUGGUGAGGAUGUGGAGCAGUUACAGUCUAACGCGGUUGCAGAACCUCUAAAUGAUGAUGCUGAGAUACAGACGAAAAAGAAAAAAAGGAAAAAAGAAGGGAAGAUUGUAGUUGCAGAGGAAUGUGAGGGAGAGGAAACAUCGAAUAGGGCUUUAGAUUUGCCACCAAUGUCAACAGGACAGUUAGAGGAAUCAGGAGAUUGUUUAGAAAAUACUUCAGUUUCUGCAGAAACAUUAGAAUCCACAUAUGUCAAAAGAAAAAAGCAUAAAAAUAAGCAUCAGUCAUCUAAUAAUGCUAUUCAUGAUGGAGAAGAAGGCGGAGAUGUAAACUUCUCUAAUGAUGCUUUAACCUUGGAAGAAAGUACAGGGAUGUCACUGAAAAAGAAGAAAAGGAAGAAGCAGAAAACUAUCUUGGAGUGGGUGGAUAUCUCUCGCACUCCUGAAGAAAAUGAAAAGGCUGAUGUAGAUAAUACCCAGAAAACAAAGGAGGGCCUUGAAGACCAAAAUGCUGAACUGGUGACUAAGAAAAAGAAGAAGAAGAAGAAAACGACCGAAAGAUCUAACAGUAAUAUCUUUGAAGACAGCGUGGCUCAAAGCAAUGAUUCAGUGUCUGCACAUAAAAAGGAAAAGAAGAGGACCUCAUCCUUCCUCGUUGCUGAUGCAGAGGAAAAUGACGCUCAGACACACGGGGAACAAAACUCUCAAUCUCAUGUCUGGGGUUCAGAAAAACCUGCCGUCAGCACUGAGGUAGAAUCAGCAGAAAUCACAGGAAAUGUGGCGGAAUCUAACAACAGGGUCAGGAAAAAGAAAAGGAGGAGGAAGGUGUCCGUAGAGCUGGACAGUGUGGAAAAAGAUCACAAGCUCGAUUUUGAGGAACCAAACGAAACACGUUCGAGUGCUUUGCCUGAAACCACCGACGCAGGGGUGAAAAGGAAAAAGAAACGUAUGGGAAAUGAAAGUGAGUUAGUGGCUCCUAUGGAAAGAUUAGAAAGUGCAGCUGAUGCGGGACAUUCGCCAACUGAUGAGGCUGUAGUGCUGAAAAAGAAGAAGAAGAAGAAGAAAAAGUGCAAAGAAGAGUCAUUGCACGUGAUUCAAGAGAGUCCACCAGCUGCCACUGAAGAUGCUGAAUCAGGAAAAUCUUCACUGAAUGCCUGCAGCUCAGUUUCACACAAGAAAAAAGGGAAACAUUUGACCUCUCCUUCGAAGGGUAAAUAUGUACACAGUGCUAGCAGUACUUCUGACCAAGCGACCAUGGAAACACUGAACAUGGUUGAACAUGCUUCACCGUCGUUAGAGAUACCUGGAAAUCAGGCAUUUAAUCAUGUGAGUGAUAAGAAGAAGAAGAAAACGAAAUCCAGUGAUAAUGUUCUGGUGAAGGGGAAAUCAAUGACCAAGUCUGCUGAGUUAGAAAACAAAAAGAAGGAAAGAAAUAAGCAAUCAACUGGCUCCAGUAUUAUAUCCAGCAGCCCAGUGUUAUUAGAGACAUCGCUCUCAAAAUCUGAAAUGUCGUCUUCAGACCGUAUCAUGAAAAACGGGCACAUGAAGGUCAGACGGAGACUUCUUAAUCCAAGUGAGGACUUUCUUACAGACUAUUAGAAGGAACUCGAUUGAGUUGUAGUUUGAAAGACAGUGAUGGAGUUUGAUCAGUAGAGGAAUUCUCCAUAAUCACCUGGACACAAGUGAACUGUAAAAUGUGACAGUUGUGGGUUUUUGUAUUUAAAAAAAAAACUUUUUUAUGUUUUGUAUUAAAAGCAUUUUACUGACUGAAUGGUUCUUAACCUUUCUGGUGUUCAUAUGACCUCUGAACAUAUAAUAACACACCAUAACAAAGCAUAAUGCUUACUUUGUUUCAAAAUAUAAGUUUGUUAAACCGUAUUGUCAACUGACCUAACUGGUAUAAAUAAAAAACCUAGCCUGCCAGGGGGAGAGAAGUCAAGGUCAUUCGUUUAUAGACAUUGUCAUUUAGACAAAAUUCUCAUUUAUUAUCUAAUGAAAUGUAAUCUGAUACAAUUAUUAAUUAUCUCUGUUCAGUGUAUUUUUACAGACUGAUUUAUUAUAAAAUUGUAAUCCCGUUUAUAAUCCCCAUUUUUACUAAAUGUAAUUGUAAAGGAUUACAGUUACCUUUAAUGGUAUCCUUAUUGUGUAACUCAGUGGCAUGUAAUCCAUUACUCCCCAAGCCUGAUUAUAGCUUUAACAAAGUGCACCUUUGUUAAAGAGAAUGCGGUUAAUAGGUAAUGUUAUACCACUGCUUUAAGGUAAAAUGUUUUCCGGAAAGUCACUGGAAUUUCAUUUGCGAUCAUGGGUUGUGGGUUUUUGGCAUACUUCACCUUUGGAAGACUAAUAUGCUAAAUAUUUUCAGUUAUGUGUCAAAGUUUUUAAUAAACCAUCCAAUUUGUCUGCCCCUAUUUAUCUAAGUUAUAUGUAUCCUUUACUCAAAACUUGUUUCAAUCAAGAUUAUGUAGCUGCACAUGUG